CAGUGAAUUCCUUUCCGUAAACUUGUUUUGUAUUUUGAAAUUGACGCGUACCUAUCGAUAUUUUUUUAAAAUCUUAAAAAUAAUACUUAAGAUGCCUAAAAGACGAUGUAGUUUUAAUCCAAAAUUAAAAACGCAGUUUCCUAAUUUAAGAGAUGCUGAUGAAAUAGGAAAAGUUCUGUGUACAGAGUGUAAAUCUAUAUUCUCAAUAGAACAUGGUGGGAUAUCAGAUAUCAAACAGCACUUACAAAAACGCAAACAUCUAUUGGCUGUGUCUAGCUCUAGCAGUAGCAAACGUAUUGCGGCAGAAGAAGGUAUGUUUGCUUUUCAUACUAUCAUGCACAAUCAUUCGUUUCGAUCGAUGGAUUGUACGUCUUCACUGAUAAAAAAAAUUCACGAUAAAAAAUUUUCUUGUGCUCGAACGAAAUGUGAAUCGAUUAUUUCAAAAGUAAUUGUCCCUUUUGCAAUGGAACAAGUUUUAGAAGAAUUAAAAAAUAUCAAAUUUGCAACACUUAUGGUGGAUACAUCAAAUCACAAAAAUCUAAAACUUGUACCAAUUCUUAUCCGAUAUUUUGAUGAGGAUAAAUUAUUUGAUGAAUAUAAUCAUGUAGCUCAUGUGAUACAAGUUAAAAUUAUAGAAUGGAAACAUUGUUCAAAAAAAGUCACAGAAAAAUGGUGUGAUGUAUUUAAAAUACUAGAAAAAAAUCAAAUUUCUUUCAACAACUUCUCAGCAAUUAUUGAAUAUUCGUUGGCUAUUCCUGGAACAAAUGCAUCUGUAGAAAGAAUAUUUUCAUUAACAAAUGUAUUGUGGACGGAUGAAAAAAAUCGUUUUAAUGUCGAAACUAUUAAAUCAAUAAUUAUUGCAAAACAGCACUUUAAAAACAUAACUUGUUCACAAUUUUAUGAAUUUCUUUUGAAGCACCCAAAAUUGUUCAAUUCAAUAAGUUCUUCAGAAAAAUACGAAAAUUAA